ACCGGUCACAUAUUCGUCGGGAUUAUGCGCAACGGCAGAGACCAUGUUGAGCGUGAUACUUCCAUGCCUGGCGCUGCUUGGGCGCUUGACUACCUUGGCUUUUGGAUUCGGCUCAGUUGCUGUUGUUGCACUAUGCAUCCACAGGCUUUACUUCCACCCGUAUGCCAAGUACCCUGGGCCUCUUUUGGCUAAAUUGACAAGCUGGUACUCUGUAUACCAUACUUAUGUUGGUGAUCUUCACGUUGACAUUUGGCGAUGUCACGAGAAGUAUGGUGAUGUCGUUCGUUAUGGCCCCAACAGACUCCUGAUAAAUACGGAAGCGGGACUAAAAGGCAUCUACGGGCACGGUAAAAAUGUCCGGAAGGCCAAAUCUUACCACAGGGUGUCGCUGGUCAAGGGGGUCGAAGCCACUCAGAGUGUUGUGGACAAGACGAAGCAUGGGAAACUUCGAAGGAUUCUCAAUCAAGGACUUUCGGACUCACACAUUCGGACCAUUGACACACAGAUGACCGACAUCGCUUGCUUGCUCACUUCCAGCCUAGGUUCCGUGAAAGACCGAUUUGGUCCAGAUACUGGCGAACCCAGUGGCGGAUGGACAUGCGCCAAGAAUAUGGCCCAUUGGUGCGACUAUUUCACAUUUGACGUGAUGUCCCAACUCGUUUUUGGGAAGUCGUAUCAUCUCCUGGAGAGUUCCGACAAUCAUUGGAUUACAGACGCCAUCUUGGGUCAGAUGCGCCGUGUCAGCUUCCUGAUGCAGCUGCCAGAGUUGGAAGACAUGAAACUGCACAACAUCCUGUUUCCAAAUGCCCGCAAAAAAGCUCUGAAAUUCUCUUUGAAGAGCAGAGAGAUGAUGGAAAAGCGGGAAGAGGCUUCCGAAGGCGCUGCAAACGAUCUAUUCGCAAAACUUUUCUCCUCUAAGGACCCAGAGACAGGGGAAUCGCUCUCCCGACAGCAACUGUGGGCCGAGAGUAACCUGUUGAUUAUUGCCGGGUCCGAUACAUCAUCAACCGCAAUGGCCGCUCUUUUCUUCUACCUUACUAGAUACCCGGAUGCAUACGAGAAAGUUGUCAAAGAAGUUAGAAGCACCUUCCGCUCCGCAAAGGAAGUGUCUCAAGGCCCUAAGCUAUCUUCUUGCACAUACCUCAGAGCAUGCAUAUUCGAGGCUGCCCGCCUGUCACCUCCAGCUGCCGGUGCAAUGUGGCGUGAAGUGCAAGAAGGUGGUCUACAAAUCGAUGAUCUCCAUAUACCAGCUGGCUACGACGUCGGAACCGGCAUAUACUCUAUCAAUCAUAAUAGCGAGUACUAUGCUCGCCCUUUCAAGUUCUGGCCCGAGAGAUGGAUACCACAGGUGGUUGGUGAGGAGGCCGUUUCUAAAGCGAAGUCGGCGUAUGGUACAUUUUCCUUUGGACCGAGAAACUGCGUCGGCAAGGGCCUUGCAAUAAUCGAAAUCUCUCUCGCGAUGGCUGCUAUCAUCAGCGAGCUUGACUUCCGUAAAGACGAAGGAGGCAUGGGAACAAUUGGAGAAGGCUGCGGUGCAUUGAAAGACGAAUACCAGAUCUUUUGGGCAUUUACUAGUAUCAAGGAUGGGCCAUACAUACAAUUCCGGAGGGCACAGAGGAACGAAUUGGAUUGAAAACCCACCAAAACAAUAUAGGCAAGUGCCUUUAAACAAGAAAAGCCUAGCAAUCAGUAUGUGACUCGAGG